UCAGUCCAUAUUAUAUCCACUUCCGGUAUUGUUUUUGACGUGAUGAAAAGUUAAGAAGUUUGUCAAAACUCGUAAAAGCACAAUGGUAAUAGCCAUAGGGUUUGAGGGAAGUGCAAACAAGCUGGGGAUUGGGAUUAUUCAGGAUGGAGUUGUUCUAUCAAAUCCCCGACACACAUACAUCACUCCUCCAGGAGAAGGAUUUCUUCCCAAAGACACAGCAAAACACCACCGGAAGUAUGCAUUAGAAAUCCUUCAGAAGGCUUUGGAUGAGGCCAACAUUAAGCCUGACCAGAUUGAUGUCGUCUGUUACACAAAAGGUCCAGGAAUGGGAGCUCCACUUGUGUCUACAGCACUGGUAGCUAGAACAGUUGCACAGUUGUGGGGAAAACCCAUUGUUGCUGUCAAUCACUGCAUUGGGCACAUUGAGAUGGGUCGUCUUAUAACUGGAGCUGUAAAUCCCACUGUUCUCUACGUCAGUGGAGGCAACACUCAGGUCAUUGCUUAUUCUCAACGAAGGUACCGAAUAUUUGGAGAAACAAUCGAUAUUGCUGUUGGAAAUUGUCUUGAUAGAUUUGCCAGAGUCCUCAAGCUAUCAAAUGAUCCAAGCCCAGGAUACAACAUUGAGCAGCUUGCUAAAAAGGGGUCCAAGUUUCUGGAGCUGCCAUAUGCUGUGAAAGGAAUGGAUGUGUCAUUUUCUGGCUUGCUUUCCUAUAUCGAGGAGAAAGCUACGAAGCUGAUAGAAAGUGGGGAGUACAGUCGGGAAGACCUUUGCUUCUCUCUACAGGAAACGGUUUUUGCCAUGCUGAUUGAAAUUACAGAAAGAGCUAUGGCACACUGUGGGUCACAAGAAGUGCUGAUUGUUGGUGGAGUUGGAUGUAACAAACAUUUGCAAGAGAUGAUGGGUAAAAUGGCUGAAGAAAGAGGAGCAACUCUGUAUGCCACAGAUGAAAGAUUUUGUAUAGAUAAUGGAGCGAUGAUUGCGCAGGCAGGUUACGAAAUGUUCAAAGCAGGGGCAGUAACUCCACUGGAAGAAACCACUUGCACACAAAGAUUCCGGACAGAUGAAGUAGAAGUAACAUGGCGAAGUUAACAGCAUAUAAUCACAUAUUAUUUUCUCUUCGUCACAUUUUCAUCAUCUUGUACCCCGGUAUAUAAAACAUUAUGUUUUGCA